AACAACAGAAACAAAUGCAGGAAGCACAAGUACAUCAACAUCUGGUAAAACAAGCACUCCAGCUGCAAUCAAUGUUACAGGAACAAAGGAAUCAUUGACAAGUACAGAGACAAGCAGUACAGUAACAAGUACUGCACCAGCUCCCACAUCAACACCAACAGAAAUAACUACAGGCAGCACAAUUAUAUCAACAACUGAAAGUACAACUGGCCCCACCACAACUCCACCUACAAUCAGUGCAACAACUGAAGCAUCAACUGCAAGUGCACAAACAAAUGCUGUCACUCUGACUUCGACAUCAACUCUGGCAACAAGUAAAACAGCAGCAACAAGUGAAUCAACUGCAGUCUCCACAACAGUAAAUUCAAAUAUGACGACCACAAGUGUACAGACAACUGCCACAGCAACAGCAAUAACAUCAGCUCACACAAUAAUCAGAGGCAGUACUACUGCAAUAACAAGGACUGAAUCAACAACAAUCUCAGCAACAGUCACUGCACCAAGUGAAUUAUCAUCAACUUCAACAUCAUCUGUCGCAGAAACAUCUUCCACAUCUAUUCAGACCUCUACAAAUGUACAUGGAUCAAGUUCAGCAACAACAGUGAUCUCCAGUGAAGCAACCAGUGUGGUAAUAGUGGAACCCCCGAUUGUACCUGCUACAAACAAACCAAUUGAGGGAGUUAAGGAAAAACGAUUUAACAUCACCUUCAAUGUGCUUACACUGCCAUUCACACCGAAUCUACAAAAUACGAGUUCCCCAUUGUACACAACUGAAUCACAGAACAUUCUUAAUGAGCUCAAUAAUCUGUUUGCCAAUAGCAGAGUAAAUUCAACAUUCUCGAGGUGUCGGUCUGUAUCUUUCAGACCUGCAAGUGACGGUAAUAGUACAGUUGAGGCAAUCUGUAUUUUUAAACUCCCUGCUUCUGGCCAGCCAGUUGAUAAAGUUCAGAUCUACCAUGAAUUUCAAAACAAGACAGAGGACAUCACCACCUUGGGAUCAUAUUCACUGGACAACAACAGCCUGUUUGUGGAUGGUUACCAUGAGUCAGCUGCUUUGACCACAAUAUCACCAAUACAGACCACAUCUCCAAAUCUGCAAACAAGUCCCCUGGAUUUUAAUGUGACCUUCAUUGCAACUGACUUGGCCUCUGCAGCAGAUUUACAAGAUCCCAGUUCACAAUUGUACAUAUCUGCAGCAAAUUCUAUUGGCUCUCAGCUCAACAAACUGUUUAGUAGCAGCAAUAUCAACAAAACAUUCACCAGCUGCAAAGUUCUCUCAUUCAGCCCAGCAAAUGUACCAGGCAUCAGAGUGCAUGCAAACUGCACUUUCAGAAAUGACUCGGACCCUCAGGAAGUUAACAGGGUUACUGUGUACCAUGCGUUCAGAGACAGGACCAACGGCAUCACCUCCUUAGCACCAUAUUCACUGGACAGUAACAGCCUCUAUGUGAAUGGUUACCACGAACCCACACCUUCAACCACAAUAUCACCAAUACAGACCACAUCUCAAAAUCUGCAAACAAGCACCCUGGAUUUUAAUGUGACCUUCAUUGCAACUGACUUGGCUUCUGCAGCAGAUUUACGAGAUCCUAAAUCACAAUUGUACAUAUCUGCAGCAAAUUCUAUUGGCUCUCAGCUCAACAAACUGUUUAGUAGCAGCAAUAUCAACAAAACAUUCACCAGCUGCAAAGUUCUCUCAUUCAGCCCAGCAAAUGUACCAGGCACCAGAGUGCAUGCAAAAUGCACUUUCAGAAAUGACUCGGACCCUCAGGAAGUUAACAGGGUUACUGUGUACCAUGCGUUCAGAGACAGGACCAACGGCAUCACCUCCUUAGCACCAUAUUCACUGGACAGUAACAGCCUCUAUGUGAAUGAUUACCAUGAAUCAAUAUCAACAGCAUCAACUACGGUGGCACCAACCCAGACCACAAAUCCCUUUGAUUUUAAUGUGACCUUCGCUAUAACUAACUUGGUCCCAACAGCAAGUUUACAAGAUCCCAAUUCACUAUUGCACAAAUCUGCAGCAAGUAUUGUUGCUCUCCAGAUGAACAAACUGUUUAGCAGCAGCAAGAUCAACAAAACAUUCUCCAGCUGUAAAGUUCUCUCAUUCAGCCCCGUAAAUAUAAAGGACACCAAAGUGCAUGCAGACUGCACAUUCAGAACUGAUUCUGAUCCUCAGGAAGUUAACAGGGUUACUGUGUACCGUGUGUUCAGAGACAAGACGAAGGGCAUCUCCUCAUUAGGAACGUAUUCACUGCACAGUAACAGCCUCUAUGUGAAUGAUUACCACGAGUCGAUAUUGACAUCAUCAACCACAGUGGCACCAACUCAGACCGCAGAUCCUUUUGAUUUUAAUGUGACCUUUGUUAUAACUAACUUGGCCUCAACAGCAACUUUACAAAAUCCCAAUUCACCACUGUACAAAUCUGCAGCAAGUAUUGUUGCCUUCCAGAUGAACAAACUGUUUAGCAGCAGCAAAAUCAAAAAAGCAUUCUCCAGCUGUAAAGUUCUCUCUUUCCGCUCUGCAAAUAUACAGGACACCAGAGUGCAUGCAAACUGCACUUUCAGAACUGAUUCUGAUCCUCAGGAAAUUAACAAGGUUACUGUGUACCGUGUGUUCAGAGACAAGACAAAGGGCAUCUCCUCAUUAGGAACAUAUUCACUGGACACUAACAGCCUCUUUGUGAAUGGUUACCAUGAAUCAGCACCUUCAACCACAGUGGCACCAAUUCAGCCCACAAAUCCCUUUGAUUUUAAUGUGACCUUCACUGUAACGAACUUGGCCUCAACAGCAACUUUGCAAGAUCCCAAUUCACCAUUGUACAAAUCUGCAGCAAGUAUUGUUGCCUUCCAGAUGAACAAACUGUUUAGCAGCAGCAAGUUUGAAAAAACAUUCUCCAGCUGUAAAGUUCUUUCUUUCAGCCCAGCAAAUAUACAGGACACCAGGGUGCAUGCAAACUGCACUUUCAGAAACGACUCUGAUCCUCAGGAAGUUAACAGGGUUACCGUGUACCGUGUGUUCAGAGACAAGACGAAGGGCAUCUCCUCCUUUGGAACAUAUACACUGGACAAUAGCAGCCUCUAUGUGAAUGAUUACCAUGAAUCUACACCUACAACCACAGUGGCACCAAUUCAGAAUCCCUUUGAUUUUAAUGUGACCUUCAGUAUAACUAACUUGGCCUCAACAGCAACCUUACAAGAUCCCAAUUCACCAUUGUACAAAUCUGCAGCAAGUAUUGUUGCCUUCCAGCUCAACAAACUGUUUAGCAGCAGCAAUAUCAACAAAACAUUCACCAGCUGCAAAGUUCUCUCAUUUAGCCUAGACAAUAUACAGGACACUAGAGUGAAUGCAAACUGCACUUUCGGAAAUGAUUCUGAUCCUCAGGAAGUUAACAGGGUUACCGUGUACCGUGUGUUCACAGCCAAGACAAAUAGCAUCUCCUCCUUCGGAAUGUAUUCACUGGACAAUAGCAGCCUCUAUGUGAAUGGUUACCAUGAAUCAACACCUUCAGCUGUGCCACCAAUUCAGACCAGAAAUCCCUUUGAUUUUAAUGUGACCUUCGUUAUAACUAGCUUGGCCUCAACAGCAAAUUUACUAAAUCCCAAUUCGGCAUUGUACAGAUCUGCAGCAAGUAUUGUUACUCUCCAGCUGAACAAACUGUUUAGAAGCAGCAAGAUCAAAAACGCAUUCUCCAGCUGCAAAGUUCUCUCAAUCAGCUCAGCCAAUAUACAGGACAGCAGAGUGUUUGCAAACUGCUCUUUCAGGAAUGACCCUGAUCCUGAGGAAGUUAACAAGGUUACUGUGUACCGUGAAUUCAGAGACAAGACCAAGGGCAUCUCCUCCUUAGCAGCAUAUUCACUGGACAGUAACAGCCUCUAUGUCAAUGGUUACACUGAAGCAGCUCCUUCAGUCACUGAAAGUCCCAUCGUGGUAGUGACUGUCCCAGAGAAUCGAGAAACAAAACCCAUUGAUUACAACAUCACUUUCACUAUAACCAAUUUGAAAUUCACACCAGAUUUACAAAAUCCCAAUUCUCCUCCAUAUAUAACUGAAUCAAGCAAUGUUAUCAAUUUGCUCAACAACUUAUACAGUAACAGCAAGAUAGCAAGAACAUUCUCAAAUUGUAACAACAUAUCUUUCAGUCCUAGAAACACAGAGCAUACUAAAAUUGAAGCAUUUUGUUCUUUUAAAAAUGAUCCCACUGUUGCAAUCGUUGAUGUCUACAGUGAGUUCAGGGAUAAUACCGAGAAAAUCACUCAAUUGGGAGCAUAUUCAUUGAAUGAAAAUAGCCUCUAUGUAAAUGGCUAUCAAGAACUGCAACCAGAAACACAAACAACUGUACCUGCACUUGAAGCCCGAGAAGGAGACUUGUCAUUUGAACUUAAUUUCACAAUUAUAAACAGAAAUUUUACUGAAGAACUUAAUGACCCAAAUUCCCCUGAAUAUCAAAGUUUAGUUAACAAUAUUACUGAAAUGCUCAUGGCAUUAUACAGAAACAGCUUACUCAAAGAUAGCUAUCGUGUCUGUAAAGUUACAGGGCUGAGAAUUGGAUCAAUUAAAUGCACUUGCAUGUGCUACUUCAACCCAGCUGCUACAAAUGAGUCAGUGAUAGCCGACAAAGUCAAAACAGUAUUUGCCAUAGGAACAAAUGGAACAAACUUGCUUGGAGGUACCUACCAGCUGCGAAAGGACAGCUUGUCAGUGGAAGCUGAAGCACCUGUCUCUUCUGGCAUAACAGAAAUACCAGUCUGGGGAAUCAUACUCAUCGUGCUGGGCAUACUGCUCAUUCUGUUGCUCAUUUUCCUCUUUUGUAUGUGGAUCGCAUUAUAUUUGAAAAAGGAAAAACAUGGAUCCUACAACAUAAUGCAAAACCCUGCUGGAUUGUACUUCCCACAUCAGAAAUACUGAUAAGAAAUAUUAAAGAUAAAUAACAACUAUGCAAAUAAUAGUGGAUUUGAAGUAGGAGAAAGCACAUUAGUACAAUUACAUAGUUAUAUUGAACUAACAAAACUUGAGCUGUCUUGGAACUAAAAUGAAUUGUAGUAAAAAUGCUCUUAUUUAUAGAUAUGUAAAGGAGUGCUGGUCUAUAAAAUCAGGGUGCCUUGGGGGGAAGGAGGGUCCAGAUGUGAUGGUGACAAGCAUGGUGGUAUAAGUAGUACAAAGUGUCAGGGUUUCCUGCAUGAUCCGGACAUGGAGGAUUUAGAAAGGCAUAUAUAUAUCAUAGGUCCAGAUUCCUAAAGGCUGGUUACAUAUCAUGAAAGCAACAUUCCAGGAAAGGGCACAUUUUGCCUUUACAGUUCUUCACUUUUCUGAACAACUAAGCAUGGCCAUUAUCACUGUGACAAGCCUCUUGAAACAUGGCCAAAAGGGCAAUGUCUCUGAAAGCAAGGUAUUACCCUUCUUGGUGGCAAAAGCAUGGAAUGUAAGUGGGGCCCAAAACUGAGAAUGUGUGCAUUUUGCCACAAUGAAAAUAAAUGUUGAUUUCUUAAAGUAUUUAACAUAGCACUUUUUUAAAUUUAUCUUACAUUUAUACUGAGAUUGAAUGAUUAAUCCUUAAAGCUUCUAAAUUAUAUAACAUAUUUAUAUUAGUUAUAAAGAUUUGUCUGGAAUUGUCGUAUCUAUUUUUGCUGCUGAUUGACUGCCUAGUUAAGCUACCUUAAUAACAGAGUAUCUGACUAAACGUUUUAUUGAACUGUGAUUGCUCAAUUCCCUUUCUUCAUGAGAGCAUUCAAACAAAAGAUCAUAAACUUAGGAUGGCCUACAUUCCUCAAGGAUAAGAUCCUCCUUUCAGUAUUUUAUACAAGUGAUAAAUGAAUUCCACUUAGUGUCAGAAUGUUCAGGCAAUGAUUAAGUUAAACAAAAUGCAGUAAUAAGUUAGAAGCAGUUCAAAGUUUGUGAGUUUUAAGUGUUUCUCAUGUGAAUCAUUUGCAAAUAACUUUUCAUCAUUAGUCAGACAGCUUCAGAUAGAAAUGUAUCCUCUUUUAACUCCACUUCUGGAAAAAAACAUUCAGUGGAACCAAAUUUCCAAAGCAAUGUACAACACAUAUUCUCCACUUUACUUCGUGUAAGCAGGGACAACUUUCUCCAGAUUGUCUCAAAGCUAUAAUUAUCCAUAAUACGUUCUAACAAAUCCUUUGGAAAUGCACUUUGAUAGUAGCUAUUAUUGUUUAAUGAUAGAAACGUUAUAUAUUUCUAAAAGUAAACUAUUUUGAAAUAAUUUAGAAAUGUGUAUUUAUAGAAA